UUCAAUGUGCAGCCGCAUCCUUGAAUCGAAGCUCAUCAUCAAAGCUACUGCUCAGGUUUUGGGUCUAACAACUUCGAAACCCAAAGACAACCACGGUUAUAUUUUGUUAGUUUAAGAGGAAAGGCUAGAUAUUUUUAUAUAAAGAUAUAUUUUUUUCUCGGAAGUGUUAAAAAUGAUGGCAUGUACGGAGAUCAUCACGAUGUGUCUUCAGUCUGCCAAGCAGCAGCAUCUAUAUGCCAACAAACAACAUCUAUUGCAGAAUAACCCUGACCAAGGGAUUUCAAUUUUCCAGGACAUCUUUCGCCGUGCUGACAAAAAUGAUGAUGGGAAGCUCUCCUUUGAGGAGUUCAAGAAGUACUUUGCAGAUGGCAUCCUGAGUACUGAGGAGAUGCAGGAGCUCUUCUACUCCAUAGACCGACACCAGUCUAACAAUUUGGACACAGAAAAGCUUUCAGAUUAUUUUUCCCAACACCUGGGCGAAUACCUGAAUGUCCUGUCAGCUUUAGAGAAGCUGAAUGUUGCAAUUCUGAAGGCAAUGGACAAAACUAAGGAGGAAUACCAAAAUUCUUCCGUGCUGGGCCAGUUUGUGACUCGUUUCCUGCUGCGUGAGACCUCAAGCCAGCUGCACUCAUUGCAGGUCUCUCUGGAGUGUGCCAUGGAAGCUGUGGAAGAGCAGAGCUGCCCAGGAAGGAAGGAGGUGAAAAAGCCUGAAGGCCUCCCUGUACAGAGGAACAUCCGACGGUGCGGCCGGCGGAUCCAGAAGAACCUGUGCCUGUCCCCCACAGACCCCUACUCAGGCAUGCUCACCACAGGAGUUACCGUGGAACCGGACAACCACUGGAACUCCCAGAUCAACAGGCUUCAGCUGCUCAUUGACAAGCUGGAGUGUCAGAGUCCGCGGCUGGAACCCAUCAAGGAGGAUACGCUGGCCAGUACCUAUAAAUCUAAUAUCCUGCUGGUUCAGAGGCAGAUGUCAGUGAUGGAGAAAGACCUAGAAGAGUUCCACCAAGCACUGCGGAAAUACACCAACGCCACCAUGAGUCAAAAUGAAAAUUUACACAUAUCCAUCCAGAAAUUGCCAGAGAGAUCUUGCUUCAUAAUGUAUGAGUUCUGGCAGGACCGUAUCUCCUGGAUGAGUUAUCUCCAGUCCAAUGAAAGCAAGAGCUUUCAGCGCUGCAUCAUCGACGUGCUGGAGGACCCUGAGGUGGUGUCCACAAUGCUUCUCCCAGCCUCCUGGUGGAUCAUGAAUGGAAACUGACGGCAAUAAGCUCAUGCAUGGCGAGGAGGACGGGAACCAUGCCUGACUGAAAUAUUUCCAUCAAGACAAUUUCAUGCAUGCAGCAGCAUCCAGGACUCGUAUAAAGAAAUUAAUGCUCUAUUUUGUAAGCAUCUAUAUUUUAAAAGUCUGAAAAGUAAACACGGUCUCUCGCGUCCAACCCAAAAUGCUUGAUUUGAGCGAAAAGGUGAAAGCCAACGCCACAUGUGAGACAAUCAUGUUAAAUUAAUUAGAGAUGUUGCUCCUUGUAGCUUAGUUUCAUUACAUGAUAUUGGAAAUAACAUGUAAGUGCUUCAUAAGAAGAGAUGCAAGUGUAACAUUUUUUCUUCAACGCAGCACGAUUAUAUUAUGAAGUACUUAAUCUGUAUUUCAGUCUAGGGGAUAAAAUUGUUUUGUUGGAUCUGUAGAAUGAUUUUUCUUGUGUUUGCUUCUGUAAAUACGUAUAUAGAAAACAAUGUAUUUGCAUGAAUUUCUCUGAAAACAUUUUUUUAGCUUUACAUCCAAAUGACUUUGGAAUAAUCACGCUUAAAGCAACAUGAUUACAGUAUAUUUUGCUUGAAAUAUCUGAGCUUAAAGUGAUGUUUAAUUGCCUGCAGCAGAAUCCAUUAUCCUUUAUGCAUAUAUUUUUAAACGCAAAAACAACAAAAUUGUUGCAGUUGAUAUCUAUGCUAAAUACCAGUUUCUAAUUUGAUUUUCUGUUCAUUUCCAACAUUCUGCAAUCACCUCCGGUUGUGUAUUAGUCGUUUUCCACAUUUCAAUUUAUGUCUGAGUGGUUUAUUUGCAUAGUUAAGAUUAAUUUAAGCAGUUGUUCAAACGUAGGCUUAGUUUUUACAGGAUUAUUUAUAAUAUUCAGUGUUUUGGAUGUAGUAUACUGCGACUUAGCAUAAUUGUGUGAUUUGCCAUCAGCUCGACUCAAGGCCGGUAGGAAGCCGGUUUGUGCUUCAUGACAAAAAAGCCCCAGGUAACAUCCUUCCAGCAAGUGGCAGUUUCCCAAGGCUUUUAAUAAAUAAGUGAUCACCGCACACUAGGAGCGAUCAGUGGCACCAGGUACCCAAUUUCCCUUUGUGUGUUAUGCCCUGGGCUGUCAUUGUACCAUGUACAUUUAAUUAAAAGCCCAAAGUGGCCAAAACCUGGGAAGAUUAGCAGCAGAAAUAGCUCAGUAGCAUCGCCGUGUUGAAACCUUCUGCUGAUCAUAACAUUGGUGGGACAGUAGAUGUAGUUACAGUAAAGCUUUGUCUCUAUGCUGCAGAGAUAUGUAUCCCUGUGCAGCGCAUUGCCAUGUGAAUACAUCUACAUAAUUGAUCUUCCCUUUUCAAUUAACUAAAACUAACGAAAAGUGGAGCCCACAGGUUUUUUAAAGGUGCACAGCAUUCUUAGUGUCAGCCUUUUACGAAAAACUGCCAGGAUGAAACCUAUCGAUUAUCAGUAUUUAAGCCUACAAUAAAGCCUUGGUUACACGACCUGCAGUGUACGUGCUUUUCCUUGCUUGCCUUUCAUUGUGAACUACAACAUGUAGACAUUGUUUCUUUGGAUGAAGUUUCAUGGAUGUUCUGUUUGACUUCGAAAUAAAGAUGAUGAUUUCA